AUGAUGGAAGCAGGAGUUCAUUUUGGUCAUGGUACUAGGAAAUGGAAUCCUAGAAUGGCACCUUACAUGUCUGCAAAGCGUAAAGGUAUUCAUAUUACAAAUCUUACUAGAACUGCUCGCUUUUUAUCAGAAGCUUGUGAUUUAGUUUUUGAUGCAGCAAGUAAGGGAAACCAAUUCUUAAUAGUUGGUACCAAAAAUAAAGCAGUUGAUUUCGGGAAAAGGUGGAAUUCUAGUUCUAAGAUAUCUAAAGAAACCGUAGCUGGAAUUGAGAUCUCAUUUAAAGAGAAAGAUAUCAAAUAUCUGGAGUUUCUUUUUGUAUCCUAUACGGAUGAUUCAAUCUGCAAGGAUCGUGGAAGCUAUAAUUGUAAACCACGAUCGAAUCUGUGGAAGAAUUGGUUUAUACAUUCCUCUUAG